AUGGCAGACAUAGAAGCCGCAAAAAGGGCCGCUGCUACAGAGGCAGUAAAAAAUCACUACCCAAAAUAUGCGAAGUUCAUCGGUAUUGGGAGUGGAACUACCAUAGUCUAUGUUGUGGAGGCUAUAAAGGCACUUGGGAUCGAGACUUCAGCCACCAGCUUUGUGCCCACCGGAUACCAGUCUAAUCAACUGAUCGUUAAUGCUGGUCUUACGGCUAUUGCAUUUGACGCUUUGCCAGAAGGGACCAUACUGGAUGCUGCGUUUGAUGGGGCUGAUGAGGUGGAUGACGACUUGAACUGCAUCAAGGGUGGUGGAGCGUGCCUCUUCCAGGAGAAACUGGUCGCUCUCCAGGCAAAAGAGUUUAUCUGCGUUGCUGAUUGGCGCAAAAAUCAAAGUCGUCUUCUCACUUCCUGGCCAUCAAUCCCAAUUGAAGUCGCGCCUUUGGCUGCCCGCCGGGUGAUGGAUGAGUUGAAGGUUUUGGGUAGCCCCAACCCUGUUCUAAGACAGGACCCUGUCGCAAAGGCUGGCCCAUUAAAGACUGAUCAGGGAUUUCUUAUCGUCGAUGCGCCGUUCCCAGCUCUGCUUUUGCCUUCCGAUAUCGCUGCAGGAAAGAAGGCAGAAGGUGGUGUCUGGGAGGUAGAAGCCUUGGCCAAUGCUAUAAAUGCCAUAACUGGUGUGUUGGAAGUCGGUUUAUUCUGCGGACCUAACGGUCCCCAAGCUCAGACCAACGGAAGAGCAGGAGGGCAGAAACCUGUUGCGGCCUACUUUGGAAAUACCGAUGGCACGGUUAUUUCAAAGAGGAAGAAGUAG